AUGGGCUUGGAUCUGGCAACUGUCCCGCUCCCGCUCCAUGGAGAAGCUCCUCUUUCUCACUCGAUCUGUAUUUGGUGGCGCCGCAGGCCAGGGCUAACUGCUGCGGCGGCGGAGACGAAUCACGGUAGUAAUAAACCAACCAACGUGAAGGCUUUUAAGACCCGAAAACGCUUCGCUCCCGUCAGGAUAAUCAUCGAGGCCCCCCUCGAGGAUUUGGCUGCUCGACUCGAGACGCCGCCGCCGACGCCGCCUCCUCCCCAAGACGCCGCGCCGCCUCCUCCCCAAGUCGCCGCGCCACCCGACGCCUCGACGCUGGUGAUCUCCUCCGGCAUACUGGAUUUCUCACCGGUGCAGCCUGGGUUCUUGUUGGGGUGGACGAGUUGCCUCCAUCUUGGGAUCCAAUUGUCACGCCUAAGUUCGGUAAUUUACACAAGCUUUUUGGCCUCUAGACCUUGUUUCUUAAGUCUUAAUCGAAGUACUAUAUCUGCCCCAAGUGAUGGUUCAAGAGAUGUUGCCCCAAGUGAUGGUUCAAGAGAUGCUGCCCCAAGUGAUGGUCCAAGAGAUGCUGCCCAAACAGGUGCUCCCGGUGGUUCAAAUAAGAAGCCAGUGAAGGAGCCCAAGAAGAAGAAGCGUCAUGACCCAAUGGUGGAGGUGAUGGCACAAUAUGUGGAGAUCAAACGGAAGCAAGCGGAGGAGGAGUCUGUUUUGUUGGCAGGGUCAAAAAAUGCCCAAGAGUUCUCCAUCAGCAAGUGCAUUGCUGUUUUGCACAAGAUGGAAAGCAUCCGCCGCGAUGAAAGAGCUGCUGCCUACAAAGUGUUCAAAAGUGUUGAGAAUCGUGAAAUUUUUCUGAAUUCUGCUGCCGAAGAUGAAGAUAGUGCUGCUGCGUUUCUUCGGAGCGAAAUGGCCGAGUUGCAUCAACGUAUCUAAGAUUGGAGCAAGAAUACCGCUGUGAAAAGGGAGACAUCGCCUGACAUGAUCAAAAAGGAGAUUUUGCAUGUAGAAGUAGAGCUGAUGAAGUGAAGUGUACCAGCUAAUUCCUGACAUCUCAUUUGGGGACUGCUGUGAGACUCAUUGUUACAACUUGCUCAACCACACUUUGGGCAAAAUCUGAUGGGUGUUUGCUGUGAAAGAUUAUGUUGUUAUGAUAAAUUAUGAAUGUUGGGAUUUGGGUUUCAAAAACAUGCUGUUAUGAUAAA